CUUCCCUGAUAAAGUAAAGCGGCAGACGCUUGAAGUGUACGAGCGACAAACUACUCCUAAAUUAAUCGCAGUUACUAACACAAGAAUUAUCUCCUUUUGGGGGAGAUAAAUAGUAUGUUCGACAUAGUUGAACUGGAUUAAUAACUCCAUAUUUAGCUGCUCACAAGUCGCUCUAGCUUACUUUUCUCCUCAUCGCGUGUGUGGACGUUUUGAGUCUGGUGAGUGCGGUGAAUCAUUUCUUGUUCUCCGACGUCCAACGCACAUCCCAGCUAAAACCAUGCCAUUCCCUUUUGGGAAGUCUCAGAAGAGCCCUGCAGAGAUUGUGAAGAGUCUGAAGGAGAAUGUGGCAUACUUGGAGAAGCUGGAGUCCUCUGAAAGCAAGAAAUGUGAAAAGGUUGCAGAGGAAGUAUCAAAAAAUCUUGCGUCGUUGAAGGAGGUGCUGUGUGGCACUGGAGACAAGGAGCCUCAGACUGAGGCAGUGGCCCAACUGGCUCAGGAGCUCUACAACACCAACCUCCUCAUUUCCCUCAUAGCAAACCUACAGAGGAUUGAUUUCGAGGGAAAGAAGGAUGUGGUGCAUCUGUUUAGCAACAUAGUGCGUCGCCAGAUUGGCGCUCGCACCCCAACUGUGGAGUACAUCUCUUCCCACUCACAGAUCCUCUUUAUGCUGCUGAAAGGCUAUGAAAGCCCAGAAGUGGCCCUUAACUGUGGCAUGAUGUUGAGGGAAUGUCUGCGUCAUGAACCUCUGGCCCGAAUCGUUCUGUUCUCUGAGGAGUUCUACUGCUUCUUUCGCUAUGUGGAGCUAUCUACUUUUGACAUUGCCUCUGAUGCCUUCUCCUCUUUUAAGGAUCUGCUGACAAGACACAAGAUCAUGUGUGCAGAUUUCUUGGAGACAAAUUACGACAGAGUGUUCACAGAGUAUGAAAAGCUGCUGCAUUCUGAUAAUUAUGUCACCAAGCGGCAGUCUCUGAAGCUCUUAGGAGAACUAUUACUGGACAGACACAACUUCACAGUCAUGACCAAAUACAUCAGUCGAGCUGAGAACCUAAAGCUGAUGAUGAACAUGUUGAGAGACAACAGCCGUAACACCCAGUUUGAAGCCUUCCAUGUCUUUAAGGUGUUUGUGGCUAAUCCCAAUAAGACACAGCCUGUUCUGGACAUCCUCCUCAAGAAUCAGUCCAAGCUGGUGGACUUCCUGAACCAUUUUCAAACGGACCGCUCUGAAGAUGAGCAGUUCUGCGAUGAGAAGAACUAUCUCACUAAGCAGAUCCGGGACCUCAAACGGCCUGCACCUGCAGAGGAGUCUUAAUUGGUAGAACCGGGGAACUCGGCUAGUGAUGUGGUUUGAUUAUGUGGGUGAGAAUUGGAUGGGAGGAACAAAAUAAGUCAAAGACAGAAAGAAAGGCUGGCAUCACUUGGAAUAAAUCUCUUUACAUCCAACUUCUGAAACAGGUAGAGAAAUGCUGUCAGGAUGUGCAAACAUAUGUCUGUCCCUUUACUGCAGGAGGAGCAAGUGGACCCCAAGCACUCCAUUUAAACCUAUAUUUUUAGCACUGCCCUUAAAAAGGAAGUACAGUUGAUUUACCUUUUAGAUGGUAUAUAUUCGAUUUUUAAAAAAAAAUAUUCAAAUUGCUUAGAAUGAAAAGUAUAUUGAAAGCCUGCUCAGGCCUUUUUAAAAUUUUUAAAAGUAAGAACAUGUAUAUUGGUACAGGUAUGGCUUUGCAUAUUUGCACUGAAUCUGGUAGCUUUGCUCCAGGUAUGCCAUUAGUGCCACUUCAUAAACCAAAUAUUAACGAUAGGUCAUACAUACAGGACAUUAUGGGGCCUUCUUUCAGCACACAAAUUAAUCUGGACAUUCUCGCAUUUAAACUAGUCAAGGGACAUUAAAGCGUUUUAUAGCCUGAAAAUGUCAUGUGGUCAAGUGAAAUCUUAGGGGGGGGAAAAUAGCCUGUAGAGUUUAGUGGUCAUGUUGGAUGCUGCACUCAAUUUCCAUUUUAACUGGGUGCCUUAUU